AUGAGGAAGAAAAAUGCUGCGGCUGUGCUGAAGAAGAAACAACAACAGCAGCACAACCACCCUGCAUCGUCGUCAUGUCAUAAGAUCGAGCAUCAAGGCAAUUGCGUUGCUGGGGCCAUCUGCUGGGAAGACACCUGUGUCGUGACAGCUGUUGCGUUCGCGUUUGCGUGGGUGGCGAAGAAGGCCCGAAGGCGGGGCAAUGCGCGUGCACGAAACGCAUUUUUGGCGUUUGUGUUUUUCUCCCACCUGCUCAUGCGCAUCCACCUGCACCAUCAUCAUCAUCCAUCGUCAGUGCACCUUCGUCUACCCCUAUCAUCAGCCUCAACUUCAUCCUGCCUCAGCCUCAUUCUCAGCAUCAGUGUCCUCGCCACCGUUAACAUCACUGACCACCACAACCUGCCAAGGCCAGAGGAUAUCUUGUCAGGCAACAAGAAGGGCAUGGGCAGCAAUGACGAAGACACAAAGGGGAAAAACCUGCCUCCACUCAUCUUCAUUCCUGGUCUCACCUCCUCAACCAUUGAUGCGGAGCUCCACAACGCCCCGUCCGUUGAGCACGCGUAUGAGACCAACGGCCAGCGGAAAGUGACGCUUCUUGCCGUCUCAUAUGGCCCCCAGUUUGCUCUGUCCUUCUUGCACCGCCAAUCGCAGGCGUGGAAGGACAAGUACAUCCACUGGUUCAUCGCAGAGUCGCCCGUCUGGAGUGGUGCGCCCGCCACCGUCCUGGCCGUCACCUCCGGCUACGACACGACCAGCCCCAAUGCACUUCUCUUCACCCGCCAGGUCUCCAUCGAGACUGCAUCGGACUUUUGGCUCUUUCCCCGCGCGGGCGCAACCAACUCCACCUGGGGCGAGCCAACCUUAAAUGAAGCGGGCGAUGUUGCUUACCCCCACUUCCAUGCGACUACAACAUAUCAUUGA